UCAUUUAUUUAUAAAAUUAAGCAUGACGUUUUUAACAAAGAGAUAACACAAAUGGUUCGGAAUCCUCUUCUUUAUAUAGGGCAUUGGAGCACUCGUCAUUGCUCUGAUGUGCCCAUUCUUAAUUAAAGUUGGUGUAAAGAACCAUUUUAACGAGGGAACCCAAAUUUCAGAAGCAGGGUUAGGUGAAGACAUGACAGAAGAGGAAAGGGAUAAUUACUUACAUAAAGCUAAUAUCCUUGGAUUCACUGCUCUUUGUGUAAGAGGAUUACUUUGAAUCCUUAGCGCAGCCAAUCUUAUUUCUUGGAAAAUUAAGUCAGGAAAUGAAUCAAACGAGCAAAGAGAUGAGCUUGAAGCAUAAGUUUAGAUA